AUUUUCCGUUUUAACGUUUUGUGAUUUGAUGCAUACGCAGUGUUUUUGGUGCUUAUACAAACUUUUAUAAAAAGCAUUUAUAAAGAUGUCUAGACGUUCUGUUUCAAAUAUAAAUGGAAAUAUGUCUUUUCAAGAUGCUGAUGAUGAGAUUAUGGAUGAUAUAGACACAAUAAGUGAUUCAUCUUUAGAUGAGCGUGAUGAAUCAGAAAAUUUGACAAAUAAGACCUUGCUUUUGAUUAAUGAACAUUUGAAACGUUCUAUGAGGGAAGAUAGCCUUAACGUCUAUGGGAAAUAUGUCGUAUCAUGUUUGCGAAAAAUGACAAAAGAACAAAGAUUGUUUGCCGAAAGAAUUAUAAAUGAUGUACUGUUUCGGGCAGCAUUGAGCAAUUUGAGUUUUGCAGAUGUAGAGCGCUUAGAUGGUAAUUCAACUUCAAAGCUUGGAGAUGCAUCAAUGGAGAAACAAUAAAGAUGAAAUAUCUGGCCAGGAAUAUUUUAACAAUGGACUAAUUAUAAGGUUGUUGAAACCUUUGAGAAGGAGUGAGUCGACAGUGUAAUGUUUAAAGACUUGUUUUAGUUAUAUACUAUAUAUUGACUUUUAAUUCCUUACUUCGGUGAAGUAAUCUUGUCAUUAAUCUUUAUAUUUUUUUAAAAACAUUUUCUUAUACAACUUUUGAUGUUCAAUAUAGGUGAAUUAUUGAGAUAUGAAUCAUAACUGAUAGUAAUUAAAUUAAUAUUUUAAUAUUAUUAAGGUAAAAAGUGCCAUUAUUGUCUGGCAAGUUGAGCGUGCAAUACUCACUGUAACUUAAUUAUUUGUGAUUUAUACUUAAAACAUAUGUGAUUAAACAGAACGCUUAAUAUAUCUAGAUUUUCUGAAAUAAUUAAAAAAACAAAUGUACCUAAAUAAUUUAAGAUAUAUAUUUAGUUAUUCUUGUUAGAUUUACUUACUGUUAUUUUUUAUUUUGUAGUUAAUAAUACACAUUUAUUCAUGUUACACAC